AUGGAGAGAAACCUUUCCCUCUGCAUUGUUAUAGCUUUCUUAGUUCCUUUUUCACCACUUUCCUUUGUUAAUGCGGAAGUAACCGACAUUUCCACAGACAAACAAGCUCUUCUUGCUCUGAAAGCUUGUAUAAGCCACGAUCCUAGCAAUAUAUUGGCCAACAAUUGGUCCACAAGUUCUUCUGUUUGUAGUUGGACUGGCAUCACUUGUGCUGGCCGUCACCAUAGAGUUAGAGCUUUGAAUAUUUCUAACUUUGGUCUCACAGGCACCCUUCCUCCUCAGCUAGGAAAUCUAUCUUUCCUUGCAACGCUAACCUUCAGGAACAACAGCUUUUAUGGCUCCCUCCCUGAGGAUUUGGCUCACUUACGUCUACUGAAACACCUUUCUUUCAGUUAUAAUAGAUUAUCUGGCGAAGUCUCCGAAAGCAUUUUUGAUGAUCUUCCCAAUUUGGAACUGCUUGCCUUGCAUUUUAAUAUGUUCCAGGGCACAAUACCAUCCACUUUAUCAAAAUGCAAAAAAUUGCAAAACUUAUCCCUGUCUUUCAAUUAUUUCACAGGUGCCAUUCCCAAAGAAAUCGAAAAUUUGACCCAGCUUAAGAGGAUGUAUCUUCACAGCAGUAAACUCCAAGGAGAGAUUCCAAAAGAGCUUGGCAAUCUUACAAUACUGGAGAAAUUAUCACUCGCAAAUAAUUCCUUAAUGGGAACUAUUCCUUCGCUUAUCUUCAACCUUUCUUCUUUGAUUUUCAUGGACUUUUCAAAUAAUAGCCUAAGCGGUAGCCUUCCAGAAAACAUGUGUCAACAUCUUCCUAAUCUUGAAACGUUGCACUUGUCUUAUAAUCAAUUCACUGGUCCAAUUCCACACAAUUUGGGGCAAUGUAGAAUGCUUCGUUCUGUGAAGUUUUAUGAUAACCAAUUCAGAGAGCAUAUUCCAGGAGAAAUUGGAAACUUGACUCAACUUAAAGAGAUAUAUCUUGGAUACAAUAACCUCCAAGGUGAGAUACCAUAUGAAAUUGGUAAUCUCCGUAAUCUCGAGUUUUUAAUUCUUGAAUGGAACAACCUUGUGGGUCCUGUCCCAGCUGCUAUUUACAACAUCUCAACAAUGAAAACCCUUUCAUUCUCGUUCAAUGAGCUUUCGGGAAUUCCUCCAUCAACCGCAGAGUUUCCAAACCUUGAGGGGCUUUACUUGGGAGUUAAUAAUUUCACUGGGCCAUUUCCUGGUUUCAUUACCAAUGCUUCCAAGCUUUCUACUAUAGACAUAGGAGACAACUCAUUCUCAGGCUUCAUCCCAGAAACAAUUGGUAACUUAAAAAAUCUUGAGCGGCUUUACUUAUCUGGUAAUUACUUGACAUCUUACUUGACAUCUUCUACUCCAGAUUUGAGUUUAAUUUCGCCUUUGACAAAUUGCCAGAAUUUAAGGCGGCUAGAUUUAGGAAGAAAUCCUCUGAAUAGCAUCAUUCCAAGUUCUAUAGGCAAUCUUUCUGUUUCUUUGGAAAGGUUAUACAUGGAUAAAUGCAACAUUAGGGGAACCAUUCCCAAAGAAAUUGAAAACUUAAGCAACUUGAUAGAAAUAGGACUACAGGACAAUGAAUUGACUGGAUCAGUUCCAGUUACACUUGGUGGACUACAGAAACUCCAAGCUUUGAAUCUUGAACAUAAUAAAUUGGAAGGAUUCAUCCCAAGUAGUCUUUGUCAAUUGAAUGAAUUGUAUGAGUUGCAGUUGGGUGAUAACAAGAUCUAUGGAUCCAUACCUGCAUGCUUAGGUAAUAUCACUACAGUUAGAAAAUUGUCGUUAGGUUUCAAUAAAUUAACUUCUUUUAUACCCUCAACUUUGUGGAACCUUAAGGAUAUCUUGUACUUGAAUUUGUCAUCAAAUUCUUUGAAUGGAUCUCUUCCAUUGGAGAUUGGAAAUCUUAAGGUUGCGAUAAACAUAGAUUUGUCAAGGAAUACUCUUUCAGGAAAUAUUCCAACUGUUAUUGACAGCCUAGAAAAUCUACAGAACCUUUCCUUAGCAUUCAAUAGAUUACAAGGCUCAAUUCCUGAAACAUUUGGUAACUUGAUAAGCUUGGAAUUCUUGGAUUUGUCAAGUAACAAUCUUUCUGGAUUGAUUCCCAAGUCUUUAGAGGUACUCUUUUACCUUAAAUAUCUAAAUUUAUCUUUCAACCAACUAAGCGGUGAAAUUCCUAAAGGAGGAUGCUUUGGAAAUUUCUCAAUUGAAUCAUUUAUGGGGAACCUUGCAUUAUGUGGUUCUUCUCGACUGCAUGUUCCACUAUGCAAAACCAGAACACAUGGAAAGUCAAGUUCAAGAAAAGUUAUGUUGUUCAUUGCUUUGCCACUAAGCAUUACAUUCACAUUGGUUGUCUUUGUUCUUAUAUUUGUGUUGAUGAAAUGCCGAAAAAAGAGAACAAGGCCACCUACACAUGUUGAGAUGUAUCCACAACGUACAUGGAGAAGAAUUUCUUACCAUGAACUUGUGAGAGCAACAAAUGGAUUCAGUGAGAACAACCUGCUUGGGAGAGGAAGUUAUGGUUCAGUUUUCAGAGGAAGAUUACAUGAUGGGAUGGAGCUUGCAGUAAAGGUAUUCCACUUGCAUUUUGCAGAAGCGCUUACAAGUUUUGAAGCUGAAUGUGCAAUAUUGAGUAAUAUUCGUCAUCGAAAUCUUGUUAAAAUCAUUAGCAUCUAUUCAAAUGAUGAUUUUAAAUCUUUGAUACUAGAGUACAUGUCUAACGGGAGCCUUGAGAAGUGCUUGCAUUCUGACAACAACGUUUUGGACAUUUCACAAAGGUUGAACAUAAUGAUUGAUGUUGCAUCAGCUUUGGAAUAUCUCCAUUUUGGUUAUUUAGUCCCCAUUAUUCAUUGUGACUUAAAGCCUAGCAACGUCUUGCUAGAUGAAAAUAUGGUUGCACAUUUGAGUGAUUUUGGUAUUGCAAAGCUCUUAGGUGAAGAAGACUCUAUGACACAAACACAGACCCUUGCCACCAUUGGUUAUAUGGCUCCAGAAUAUGGAAGAGAAGGAAAAAUAUCUAGACAAGGGGAUGUAUACAGCUAUGGUAUUAUGCUAAUGGAAACCUUUACAAGGAAGAAACCAACAGACGAAAUAUUUAUUGAGGGAAUGAGCUUAAGGAGCUGGGUUGGUGAAUCAUCAUGUAGAACAAUAAUGGAAGUUGUGGACACAAAUUUGCUAAGAAGGGAUGAUGAACAUUUCUCUAGAAAGGAGGAAUGUGUAUCAUCUAUCUUGAGUUUGGCUAUAGAGUGCACAAGAGAAUCAACUCUGGAGAGGAUCAACAUAAAAGAAGCAAUAACAAGACUGUUGAAAAUUAGAGUUGAAUUUGCAAAAAUUGGAACCGAAAGAGGCAGAAGAAUUUGA